AUGGCAUCGUCUUUCUACGACCUCAAGGCCAAGGACAUCAACGGCGGAGAUGUCGACUUCUCGUCGCUGAAGGGCAACGUUUGCGUCGUCGUCAACGUCGCGUCCGCCUGCGGCUACACUGACCGCAACUACAAGCAGCUGAGCAGCAUGCUGGACAAGUACGGGUCGCAGGGCCUCAAGGUGCUUGCGUUCCCGUGCAACCAGUUCGGCCGCCAGGAGCCUGGGAGCGCCGCGGAGAUCUGCAAGUUCGUCGCAGGCUACAAGUUCGACGGCAUGAUGAUGGAGAAGUGCGACGUCAACGGCCCGCAGACGCACCCCGUCUGGUCGUUCCUGAAGCAGGCCACCAACACGGCCGACCAGGACGUGAAGUGGAACUUCGCCUGCAAGUUCCUCGUGGCCAAGGACGGCUCCGUCGUCGCGCGGGAGUCCGGCGACCCCUCGACGUUCGAGGGCAAGGUGCAGGAGCUGCUGAAGGCGUGA